AUGUCAGCAGCAACAUUGCAACAUUUACACAAUUUAACGCAAGAACAGAAUUUUUAUGCAAGUCAUAAUUGUCACGCGCAUACCGACGGCAAUGACGUCAUCAAUGUCGGUACCAAUAACAAUAAUUCAGUUGCACAUUAUCAAAAUCAAGGUACUGCAUUGACGGGAAAUGGCGUCGGAAUUGAGCAAGAGACCAAGGCAAACAGUUUUAUAUCCGUGAAGGGUUCGGAGAAUGUAAAACGAUUUUCGGUGAAUAAUUUAUUGGAAUUAGCCAGUGAUUGUCACAUCUCGAACAAACUGCAACAUCAUUCAAAUCUGAGCAGUACAGCACUGGAGGACUUGGAUGACAGUUUCCGUAGCGACUUUAGUGGCGAUCAUAUUCAGGGUGGUAGCAUGCAAACGCGCAAACCGCGCCGUAAUCGCACCACAUUCACCUCAGGACAGUUGACAGCACUGGAGAAAGUAUUCGAACGUACGCAUUAUCCAGAUGCAUUUGUACGCGAGGAGUUAGCAACGAAAGUGGGUCUAAGCGAAGCGCGCGUACAAGUCUGGUUUCAAAAUAGACGCGCAAAAUUUCGACGAAAUGAACGCAGUACGAACAAUGGACGCAGUUUAUUAGCAACAGCAUCACAGCCUGUGCCACCUAUAACGAGUGUUCAUAAAUUCGCUACCGAUAAGAGUGCGGCAGCACUGUUUCACCAACAAAUGGAUUUACCCCAUCAUGCAGCGGCCGCAGCCUAUUCAUUGAGUUUUCCAACACUUAGCAUGUAUUCAUCCAAAGGCUAUACGAACUCAUACGGUGCAUUUGGUGCGACGGCCGCUACAAAUGCGGCCGCCGCUGCUGUUGCCAAUGAUGCUAUUGGUGGUGCAUUCUUCACACCCACCAAUUAUUGCACACCGAACUACCAGCACAGUUAUGCUUCUUUGCGAUAUAAGAGUGCGCAAGGAUUUUCCGCGUUAUGA